GUCAGUUUGAUGGCGAAUGCCCAACGGUGAGCAGGGCGUUGAGUGCUCGGCAUAAAACGGAAAAACUUGUUACGUGGCAGGGCAAUGGAUAAGCUGCGAGUCAACAAUGCGGCUGGCGAGAAUCCCUUCAAGCGGCCAAUGAAUGCCCUGCAGAAGCAGUGGUAUCGAGUGCUUCUGGCCAGACGCGUGGGAUUCGGGCAACGCCCUCCGCCGGAUGAGAAGGAGAUAACAUACGCCGACAUUUGUCGUCAGCGCUAUACGGCCGCAUUCCGGAGAUACAACGAACGUUUCCGCCGGGAAAUGGCCCAGCACGAGGAGAUGCAGCGCUGCGCCAUCGAUGCCAUGCGUGUCCACAGAACCUUCGCCAUAACCACGCUCUGGCUGCCGCUGCACUCGAAGCGGGAAAUCAACUCCACGCUGGAGACCCUCGAGCAGGUUCUCAGCGCCUCGGAAAGACGACGCCUUCAGGAGAUACUCAAGCAGGGCGAGUCCCGGCGCUGGCGUCGAUAGAACAGGACCUCCAUCGUCGUCAUCAUCAUCUGCCAUGGCUAAGUGAAUUCCAUUUAGCUUGGAUUUCACUUUGCCUGGGCGUCUCCCUCCACAGCCCUCUCCUCCCCACUUUAUAUUUCACUUUUCUGGUCUUGUUCUUGGCAGCUCGCUGUCAGUGGCUGAAGCGUUGUCGUAAAUAUUUAAUACAAGUAAAAGUGCAAAGUUCACUUUGGAUAAAA